AAACUCAAGCAGUUUGUCGGCGAUGUCUUGCGGCAGACGAUCUGCAUGUGACCCCACAGCCUGUGCUGUCGCGCGAUAGCCGACGAGACGAAAUCCACACCUUAUCUGUCGCCGACUCUGAUACACGCACCUCGCUGGGUUUGAUUUCGUUUCAGUGAAGAGACUAUUUAAACGGUGAAGGUCAGUUGCUGGUUCAGAUACGUAGAACCGCUGCGAAGAAGGGUCUCCGAUUUUGGUCCAUUUAGCUAGAAGUUGGGCAUAUUUUCCCUGUUGCGUGCUGUUUGUACAACGUUUUUCAUUUACGACAAACUUCUAAAAUUACCACCCAGUUUAAGAGGUGUUCUAGACAGAGGAUCCUCUCGAAGAAACACUCCACCAAGAAAGAGUCAACUCCCAAGUCUCACGACUUCUCUAAACAAACUUUAAAGACGAGGUACUUUUUAUUACAGCUGACGAUGAAAGUGCUUUCCUUUUUUCUCCUCGCGGGUGUUUUUCAGAGUGUAUUAUCCAAACCUAUGAAGGAAGACCUAGGGAAUUUUCCCUCCUUGCUUCUAAGAGUGAAGCAAAACAGAAUUCAUCCACCGAGAGAACUUCACGAGGAAUGUAAUAACUGCCAGCCUAAACCACUAGAUGACGACCUCGACGUGCGCAAACUGACGAAGUUACUUGGUGGACGGCUUGACCACACAGUCGUUUCACUUACAAGACCUGAAGACCCUCCCCCAACAGACGAGCGCAUUUCACUGAGUCACGCAUCCAAGGCAAAGCGAAGAGCUCUAAGAGAACUUAUCCGAAACGGCACGCACAACAUGGCGGACUUCAGCGGGACGUUAUCAAGAGAAAUGGAACGUUUUAUGAUGGGCUGGCUCCUGCAACGAGAAAACUGCCCUGUGGUUUAUUCCUGGCGUGAUAUGGGGCCUCACUUUUGGCCCCGAUUUGUAAAGAGAGCGACCUGUAAAUCGAAGCAAUGCUCAAUCGAUCCCAGCACGCAAUGCGAGCCAAGUAACAGCCGCUACUUCAACAUUUUACGGUGGCACUGUAUGGACGACAAGGCCAUCCAACUCCUCCCCCUGUGGGGAAGGCAUCGCGCCGUGAGGAGGUCUGGGCACUGGUGCAGCUGGCUGCGUUUCUAUCACCCAAUCACGACCGAGUGCUCUUGCGCAUGCUCAGCAAAAGUAGUGCGCCGUUUGUAGAAGUGAAGGCGACGUAAAGGCAGGGUUUCUUUUUUAUAUAAUUAUUGUUAUAAUUAUUUGCAUCAUAUAGCCCAGCUAUUUUACGCCAAUAAUUAUGCUAGCCCAGAAAAAAUUCGCAAAGCACUAAUCAUAACGAAUUUUGAUUAUUAAUCAUGGAGUUACCAAAUGUCCAGCAAAACCCCUAGGUCGCUAAAUCAAGCGAGAACUCCUCAUUUGUCUGCCAUCUCUGAUUCUACAAUUAUUCAUAAGCCCACUUGGUAUAUGUGCAGCUAGAAAUGAUGACUAAAACUCUAGUGAGUGUAUAAAUAUAGCACUUUUGCAGAACUGUUGGAGGAACCCUAGAGGAAUCUCCUUAGCGAAGUAUCCUCAGCGAUAUUUUUAUCAUAGCCCAAAAAAUGCUUCCUGCUGAGCGUCUUCACAUGAUUAUAGAAUUAUAUUAGAAGGAACCUUAAAUUUUAAGACCUUAAAAAAUCUCAAGAAAAUACGGGAGAAUGCGUGAGAAUACAGUAGAUGUAUGGAUAUUUUCAAGAAUAUUAGGCUUGAGAAAAGGUUCAAAAUCUUGAGACUCCCGCCUAACGCGGCAGAGUUGACACUUUUGACUUAUCUUUUUACAGGAGUGAGCUAAUAGUAGUCAAGAAAUAGUACUCCAAAGCAUUUUAUGCAUCUCACUAGUUGAGUUUACUAAUAAUGAGAUAAUUAAAAUUGAUAACUAGAUAAUUUCUCUCGAGCUUGCAGCCCUAGAGGUUGCGUGUUGUGUACCCACAAAUAUAACAGUAUAAUCCAAGAUGGUUUUGUAGACUGGAGAUUAGUAAGACAGAUAAGCUUAUAUAGACUCCGUCUCGUACCAUAAGACGCCGUGCGAUGCGGUUUAAGAAGCGCACGGUGCAUGACGGUCAGGAUUUGGUUAGAGGAGUCGGAUUUCGCUUGUCAGGAUCCCUGUGGAUGGGUUGUGGUUGGGUUCGAGUCUGUCAAAUGUCCCUUCCCGGGCUCCGUAGUAUAGGCUUGGCCUAUAGAGUCCAAGAAUUUCGCAUGAUGUAUUUGCCACUGUAGUAGCAAAGAGAUGCACUUAUCAGUUUGCUAUUAUGGGAUGAAUUUUUGUAAAUGAUGUAUAUAGGCUAACUAUUUUAGCUCUUAAAAUUUAGACAUAUUUAAUCACAGAUAUUUAGUGUUUCAUAAAUCAGUAUAAUCAUGUAAAAUGCUGUAUAUUCAUAAAGAAUUGAGUAAAAGUUUGAGAAUCAUAACCGAAUAAAGUAGUCUCUUCGGUAUAUCAA